GUUAAUAAACAGUGCAUACGAAACAAACACAUAGAUUCUUAACUGCGUUGACAGGCGCCAGUAAAGAUUGAAAGUAGAGCGAUCAACGCGUUACGUUUUUCAUACUGUUUCACUUCAGUGUUGUAAUAGCAGUUUAUCGCGCGUGUUUCAAGACACUAGAAAGUAGCUAGCGAUGCAAUGUAUCAAGUUUUCAUCAGCAGAUACCGUUUGGCUGAAGUGUCACACGGCAAGCCCUAUUAUGUUUACUGUAUUGAAGUAUUGGAAACAGAAAGUGGUACUCGAUACUUUAUUGAGAGAAGAUACAGCGAAUUCAGCGCAUUACAUCGUACGCUGAAAAAAGAGAACGCGGAGCUAGCUCCGUUCCCACCGAAGAAGGUAAGAAACUGCCAGCCAAAGGUGCUCGAACAGAGGCGGGCGGCUUUAGAGCUGUACACCCAAAAAAUGUUGCGCCUUGCAGCCACGAAGCAACAGGUUCUGAAUUUUCUGGGUAUAGAAGGUCGAACUGCCAGCGCGUCAUACAAGAGAAAGUGCAAGGAGACGCAGGAUAACCAGCAAGAUCGUUCUAAUGGUCUCGGUCACCAUCCAGUAUUAAGUUUUCACUGUGAUCCGUACGUACAAUCGAACUCGUCCUCUAGUCUUCCGGAUAUUGUAAUUAACGGAGUCCUACUGGGUAUAUACAAGUUGUGAGUUACGAGUUCGUUGUAACAGUCACAUUUGCAAUGAAUAUAAAAGGAGAGCAAGUGAAAGGGGUUACGUGAUGUAGUGAGUCGUCCGGAAAAUUUGUGCUAUUUUGAUAUAUAGAUUCGAGGCUUAGAUUGUAAUUUGUACCUCGUUCUACGAGAACUCUCAGUUUUCAUUUUUUUCUACUUUCUUAUUCCUUUUUUCAUAUUCUUCUUACUAAUAUUCUAUUUAUUUAUUAUAAUUUUUGAAUACAAUGAACUUUCGUAUAAUGUGUUCCUUUAUAAUGAAAAGAUUACGACAGUAUUAACAAAACGUUAUAUACGUCAUACUCGUGUAAGGCAUUAGGUAAAUUGAACGUUUUCUUCAAGUAUUAACACUCGUAAGUAAAUUCAUUAGUAUUUCAGUUUCAUUUUUUUAGAAGAAUUAUAAUACUCGUGCAUAAAAUUGGCAACUAAUUAGCUAAUCUAUUAUUAUAAAUAUUUCGAAAAGGUAUGCUGGUUAAAAAAAGGAUGUUUUAGUAUACUAUUGAUUAAUAUCAAAUACUUUUUCACGAGAUAAAAUACUGUUAAUAUGUUUAUACCAAUAAACUGUUGAAAAAUAUUUCAAUUUUAAUUUUGCUGCCUGAAAUGACACAACAUGGACGAGGCAAUAUAAACUUUAACGACUUUUCGCCAUGCCAGAGUAAACAGAAGUGUCUCAAUAUCUUCAUUGUCUACAUAAAAGUCAAAUUUAGUAGAUGCGGUAUAUCGACUUGCUAUUCUUAAUCGUAAACAGUUCAUGUGACUUCGAUUCUUGGAAAAUCACUCGCGAAAUAGUUUGAACUUGUUUCAUCAUCUUCUGUAAUUUACAAACAAGAAACACUUCCUAUCGUAUGAAAAACAUAGAAGAAUUAUAUGUAAUUCAGUUGGUUUAAAAAAAAUAUCUUGAAGUUUAUACGCUCAUCGGAUCAAACAUGUACCUUGGGAAAGCAAAGGAUAAUGCUUUCACUGCAUUGAAAAGAGCACGAAUUUUCCGGACGGCGUGAUAUUUGCUAGGAAAUUAAUGGAGCAGCUUUCUUGCGUGUCACCCUUUAUCUCGGCGGAGAUAAAACGAUGAAUGUCCGCCCACGGAUGUACUACAUACGAAAACUAGGUGCUUUCAUCUCUAAUGCUUCUUUGUCAGAACACGUGAUCGCGCGUUGUUCGAUUUCAAAUUUGAUUAACAGAGGAAAGAAUUCAACUUAGGAUAAUUUUAAACAUUGGAAAAAAAUUAGUACAAUUGAAAAGUCAAAUUAUUUUGCCCGACGAAUUUAUAGUUUGAGCUAAAAUGUAACAGUACUUAGUUAAAUCAUUGUUUACUAAUAUUCAUUUAAGAGAAGCUUAAUAAUAUACCUGCCGUUCGCUUCAAUUAUUACGUCAUCUUUAGUAAUCGUCGAAAUGUUAAUGACUUUAUUUAUUUUUCCUGGUAUUUCAUUGUUACAGUUUUUUACUUAGCCUUCAUUGAAGAAACAUCGUUCUUCCUUCGCUAUUUCGUCCCAUAAAAUUUUAAUAAGAGCGAAUGAGAUUCAACACAAAGAUCUUAAUACAGUGAAAAGAGUAUUAAUUGUUCUAACUUUAUACAUUUUAUUCUAAUGAAGAGACAGUUAUACAAACCUUUCAGAAGUACAAUGAGAUGUAAAAUGUUUGUUGUUUAAAUAACUAUAAACUUUAUUAUGAACAAGGGCAUUAGUUUCUGAUAAGAUAUUAAUGAUUUUUGGUAUGAUUUACUCAAAGCUAGAGAUUCACAGUUUUUAAUAGCAACGUAACCGUUCUGUAUGUAUAUUGCGAGAAACGAACUGUUUCGAUUUUUUUUCGAUAUAAGAAGUUCUUGGAAGAUUGCUAUAACUUUUAGAUAACUUGAAGGCACCGUGAAUAAAAAAUGAUUUCAAAAGUGCUACAGUGUGGUCUCAUAAAAUGCUUCCUAUAUAUUCAAAACUGUGAUAAACAUUUAUCAAGGUCUUGUCGGGUUUUCCGUCUAAGAGCUAUAUGAAUAACGAGAAGUCUUUAGUUAAUUUUAUAUAGAAUUUAUACAGAACAUAGUUCAAACAACAAAAUGUUCUAUAGUGAUCAUGUUUAAAUUUACUGGAAAUAGAAAGAUCUCGUUUUACUUAUUGAAAUCGUUUUAAUGAAAACCUAGUUUCCUCUUUUUAGUAAACUAAAUAUUAUGCAAUUUUGAUUAUAGCGUAAUAGGAAAAUGUUAUAUGAAGUUUAUUUAAAACUUUAUCAAUUGAUUACGAACAUUUAUAAAGUCUAGGCGACUCGGCUGAUCACAAACAUAAUUGUAUAUUUAUAAUACUUAAUGGAGGCAAGUAUUUCACAGAAAGUUGUUGAAUUUUGAAACAAUAUUAAUACACGAAUGUAACUACUCGCAAACAUAUCUAACUAAAAAAAUAAGAAAUAUAAAUGUGUUUGCUACAAAUGACUAAAUAAUAUUAAGGCAUUCCAAUUAUUCUGCUGUAUGUUCAAGAACUUCCUGUCACGAAGUUAUUUUACUAUUGAUUAUUUAAUGAAAUUCGAUCAACAAUUGCGUCCGAACAAAAGUUCAUGGAAACUACGAAUGGUUUCAGUGUUCUAACAAAACACUUUUUGUAAUAACUAUACCAGGCAAUAAUGUUGCUUAAAACCGUAGCUAUAUAAAUAUUGUAAUAUACAACAACGUUUUAUAUAAUAAAAAGAAAUGGUAAAAUCGGACCAAAUAGUAACACGAGUCCUAAGGAUAUUCAAAUAUCCGAGCGAAAGAGAUGUUCACGUGUCCAUAAACUUACUGUUAAUGAUCAAACGUGUCUCGUGUCACGAUACCACAGCUGUAAACUGCUUGAAACCGAUACUUUGUACGAAUUGAACGCUGUCCACAACUAUGUAACCGUGGCACACACGUC